GUGUAUCCUAAAGUUGCAGUUUGAACACUUGUAGAGGAAUCUGCUGUAGUUUCGUCUUGGUGAUGGCUGCCAUACGAACAGAAUUUUCCAUGUGGUCCCAACCUUGGCAGAAUCCUUUGAGCAUCUAUGGAGGUCUAUCAUGUAACUGGUUAAUGGCUGACUCUUGGUCAGACAGAAGCCCUCUCCAUGAAGCAGCCUUUCAGGGAAGACUCCUUUUAGUCAGGACUCUCACUGCCCAGGGCUUCCAAGUAAACACACUCACCAUGGACAAAGUGUCAUCUCUCCAUGAAGCUUGUCUCGGUGGUCAUUAUGCCUGUGCAAAGUUCCUGUUGGACAAUGGUGCAAAUCCAAAAGCAAUAUCGACAGAUGGCACCACCCCUCUCUUCAACUCCUGCAGGAGUGGAAGUGCUGCUUGUGUCAAGCUCCUCUUACAGCAUGGCGCCUCUGUCCACACCACUAACCCACUGGCUUCACCCAUCCAUGAAGCUGCAAAAAAGGGUCACAGAGAGUGUCUGGAGCUCCUGCUGUCAUAUGGAGCUCCUGUUGACAUGGAGCUGCCAGAGGUGGGGACACCGCUGUAUUCUGCCUGCCAGGCCCAGGCCAGAACCUGUGUAGAGGUGCUCCUACUUUCAGGUGCAGAUAUUCGCAUUGGAUGCGGGCAGGACAGUCCUUUACAUGCUGCUGUUCGAAGCGGAGGACCAAACGUGGUUGAACUUCUGCUUGACUUUGGAGCAGAUGGAUGUUGGAGAAACGCAGAGGGCAAGACUCCUUUGGAUCUGUCAAUGCCAAACAGUGCAGUUAGAUUCACACUGCUGAAAAGAGGUCCAUGUUCUCUGUCUCAGCUGUGUCGUUUCUGUAUUCGCCGAAGUCUUGGAAGGAGUCGUCUGCACAGAGCCUCCAGCCUUUGCCUCCCCCACACGAUCAAGGACUUCCUUCUCUAUCAGUGAAAUGUCUUCUUGUGAGGCUUUGUGUGUGCCUGUAAUGGUCCUUUGUUAGUGGCUUGUAUGUGAAAAAGUAUCCACAUUCAGUGAAUGAGUUUUCAUCUGUUUAAUACUACAGUGGCUUUUAACAUGGUUAAAUUUGGCUUUCAGUUUUCACUAAAAGGAAUAUUUGAACAAU